AUGAAGAUGAGUUCAUUGAUAUCAGCACGACCUCUUCUCAUUGUCGUCUUCACCUUGCUGGCAUUCGUGGUGCUGCUACUCCCAAGUUUAAUUAUCGCCCCAUUUUGGUACCAGAUGAUCCAGCAUAUCAAGCAGGAUGUCGAUUUGGAGACCGACAAGUCGCACUUGGGAUUGCAAUCUGAGAUUGAGAAUGUAUCAAAACUACUACAGCCAAUGAAUUCAACAGCAACGAAUUUGGCCAGAGUUUUAAGCUCAUCUCUCAAUGGAAUUGAACUUUCCUUCUCCAAGAUUGAGACUAAGGUGGCUCCUUCAUUGUUUCAGGCAGUUUCAACAAUUCCGAAUAUUUCACAGGUUUCAUAUAUAGGAAUGAAUGGUUUAUUCUUUUCCUACUAUGUGGAAAACAAUGAAACUCUAGCGGUGUAUUCUAACUCUUCAUCUUCUCUUCAAUCGAGUGUGGGAAGUGAUCAGUACAUAUGGUACGCACAACCCGUGAACAUUAGUACCGGAAGAGUUUACGGGGAAGCCAUUAAAAUUCCUACCUCAAAUAUAAACACCAGUUGGUUGCAAGAAGCUUUAAAUAAUAUGAAUGGAUAUGCCUCUUUUGGAACUGGAUGGAAUAAAACCGGCAAUCUUCUGUAUCUUAACACAAUUAGUUUGGAGGGAAAUAAAGGGUUUAUCUCUUUGGGGUUUCCAGUUAAAGUCAUAACUAAUUACUACACUGUUGUUAAAAAUCUUUUUGGUGGGAGCUUGUUCAUGGCUACAAACGAUGGUCAUGUGUUGGUCGAAGGGCUUCCAAUUGGUCAACAAGUAAGUCAAGUUGAACAUAAUUCAUGCAAGUCUGAUAAUGCCACCACCCAUAAUAUUAAAAUUGGGGAAACGGAUUAUAGUGUUUACUGUUCACCAAUUGAAAUUAUCGGCAUAAAAUCGGUUUACGCAUUCGCAGUGCCACGCAAAGGACUGGUCAGCCUUGUUCACAGAACUAGCAAGUUUGCCCUAAUUCUUCUUGCUCUAGUGAUCACCAGCGUUGUCAUCUCCGUGUUCAGUUUCGUGUUCGUAAUGGUCAAAGGUGCUAAAAGGGAGAUGCACUUGUGUGCCGAACUCAUUAAACAAAUGGAAGCGACGCAACAAGCAGAAAGAAAAAGCAUAAAUAAGAGCACAGCCUUUGCCAGUGCCAGCCAUGAUAUUCGUGCUUCCUUAGCAGGCAUUGCUGGCUUGAUAAGAGUAUCCUAUGAUGAAGUUGCUCCUGGCUCAGAGCUGGAGACAAAUUUAAGACAAAUGGAUGACUGUGCGAAGGAUCUUUUAAGUCUAUUGAACUCUAUUCUUGAUACAAGCAAAAUUGAAGCUGGAAAGAUGAAACUUGACGAGGAAGAUUUCGAUCUGAGCAAAUUUCUUGAGGAUGUUAUAGACUUAUUUCAUCCUGUUGGAAUCAAGAAAGGGGUCGAUGUGAUGUUAGAUCCUUAUGACGGCUCGGCGAUCAAGUUUGCUCAGGUUAAAGGAGACAGGGGAAAGCUCAAACAAGUAUUAAGUAAUUUACUUAGCAAUGCUGUUAAAUUUACUUCUGAGGGGCAUAUAACAGUUCGAGCUUGGGUUCGAGAGCCUAGUUUAGAAACCUCAAUACUAGCUUCUAAUCGGAAAAGCUUGUGGCAACGCUUAUCCAGAUUGUUUUACAAGAACAAAGAAGCAAACGAUGACCCACAGGCUGUGAAUGAAGUACGUAAAAAUCCAAAUGCCAUGGAAUUUGUUUUUGAGGUAGAUGAUACAGGGAAAGGAAUACCCAAAGAGAAGCAAAAAUUGGUGUUUGAGAAUUAUGUACAAGUCAAAGAUGGGCAAGGAGGCACAGGCUUAGGACUUGGUAUUGUUCAAUCUCUGGUUCGUCUGAUGGGUGGAGAUAUAGGAAUUGUGGAUAAAGGGCCUGGAGAAAGCGGAACUUGCUUCAGGUUCAAUGUUUUUCUGAUUGUAAGAGAUAAAACUUCUUCAGCCAAUAAUAUCAAAGGAGAUACAGAGUUGAAAGAUGACUUUGCAUCGAGUAGCACACAGUACAAUGAACAUCAAAUGGGGUUGAAAAUUUCUGCUCCUACUCCUGGCUUGACCAUUCGAACCCCAAGUCCCAGGCUGACUAGUCCCAGAUUGACUAGCCCCAAACUGACUCUUCUUAGCUCUAGUCCCAAGCUUGAGGGAUCCCAGGUUGUUCUGUUAAUCGCAAAUGACGAACGCAGAAGGAUUUCACAAGCUUUCAUGGAAAGGCUUGGGAUAAAUGUAUUGGCUGUGAAUCAAUGGGAGCGUCUUCAAUCUUCGCUAAAGAAGAUAAAGUCCAAGCUCAACCAUUCCCCUCAUGGGUCAUUUGGGAAAUCAGAUCUUAGUUCCAAGAGUGAAAUUUCAAGUUCCAGCUCAAAAGAUGUGCCCCUAAGUGCCAUGGAAGGAACUGAUCAUAAGCUACCUUCAUUAAAACGAAAAGGUCCAGCCUUCUUACUUCUUGUGAUUGAUGCUACUUCUGGACCAUUCGAGGAACUUUGCAAAGUUGUGACUGAAUUUAGAAGAGGCCUUCAAUGUUAUUGCAAGGUUGUUUGGCUAGGUAAACCUAGCAGUCAUUUCGAUGAAGAGGAGAUGCUCGAUCCAACAGACGAAAUUACAACAAAACCCUUUCAUGGAUCUCGGUUGUAUAGGAUAAUAAAAUUACUACCAGAAUUUGGGGGUACCUUAUCUCAAGGAAGCUCGGCUGGAUCAGUGAGUCAAAGUAGAUUUCAGGUUAGGGAGACUUCUAGAGAUCCCAGUCAAUCAUAUUCUAAGAGCUCCUACAUCAGGUCAAAAAUGAAGACACAAGAAGAGGGCAACUUAAGCAGUGAAAAAUCGAAUGUUGGAAACUUACCUAGGAAGACAGAAAUAGAAGAAGAAUACGGUGAAGGAAGUGAUGGGAAACCCUUGAGUGGGAAGAGAAUCUUGGUAGCUGAUGACAGUCCCCUCUUACGCAGACUGGCCACGCUAAUUGUUGAGAAUCUCGGUGCAACUGUUGAAUCUUGUGAAAAUGGAGAAGAAGCUUUGCGAAAAGUUUGCGCUAGUCUUGCUCCUGGCAUUCUUCCUUACCAUUAUAUAUUGAUGGACUGCGAGAUGCCAAAAAUGGACGGCAAAGAAGCAACAAAACAGAUACGCAAGGAAGAGAAGCUAUAUGGAGUUCAUAUCCCAGUCAUUGCACUAACUGCUCAUGGUACAGAUGAAGUAGCAGAUGACAUAAUUAUGGCUGGAAUGGACGUUCAUUUGGUCAAGCCACUAACUAAGGAACAUCUCAUAGAAGCCAUCAGAUACAUUGACAACAAAGGAUUCGCUUGAACAUAUAUAUUGUAUCUCCUAUGCAGCAUCAUAGUUUUGUUUAUUGGCAUAUGGUAUAGGUAUAGAUAGCUGACUGAAAAUGUCAGCCGCAGCAACAUACCAUACCUGUUUUUCAAUUUGUGGUAGAUGAGCAACUGUAUGAAUAAACAAUCAGCUAAGUCCAUGAAGUUGAUUCAAGUAAUACCAAAAAAAAAAAUCGUUCAGCAUCA